AUGUGCAUCCCUGGCGUAGAUGAUGACAAUGUAGAUGAUGGUGACGUAGAUGAUGGUGGCGUAGAUGAUGGUGUUGCUGUAGUAGAUGAUGGUAAUGUAGAUAAUGGCGAUGUAAAUGAUGGUCAGGUAGAUGACGGUCAUGUAGAUUAUGGUGAUGUGGAUGGUGGCGAUGUAAAUGAUGGUGAUGUAUAUGGUGCUGAUGAAGAUGAUGCCGAUGUAGGUGAUGAUGAUGGAGCUGUAAAUUAUGGUGAUAUAGAUGAUGACGCUGUAGAUGAUGGCGAUGUAGAUGAUGGUGAUGUAGAUCAUGGCGAUAUAGAUGACAGUGAUGUAGAUGAUGACGAUGUAGAUGUUGAUGAUGGAGAUGUAGAUGAUGAUGAUACUGAUGUAGAUGAAAGCGAUGUAGAUGAUGGCGAUGUAGAUGAUAGUGCUGAAGAUUAUGUUAUGUAG